AAAAAUAAAAGAAGAAGAUGAACUGUUUGGAAAACUUUUUCCUCUUAUUCAGCAGCCAGUCAAAAAACACACACGUACACAGAAUACACGUUUUGUGUUCUGAGUGCAACCAAAUAUCUAUUGUCCUUUACGAUUCACGUUUUUUCUAGGUAUAUUAUGAUUGCCUUGUGAAUGAGUUUAAAGUGAAGUAGGAUCGUCGGUUCUGCCACUGUAAAAUUUAGUUUGCAACCCUUGAGCUUCAUGAUCUUUUGACAAAGUUGAUUUUUAAAAAUAAAAAAGAAAAUUAAGGAGAUGGGCAGAACAAAGAAGAAAUUGUUUGACUUGAAUGAAGCUUUGGAAUCAUUGUACAAGUUGUUAGAGCAGCAACCUUUGCUUCCCUUAGUAAUUCCUAUGUUGGUAGUUCUUUGGGUAUUUGAGAAAUGGUUUUUCUCUCUGUCCAAUUGGGUACUUCUUGCUCUUGCUGUAUGGGCCACAUUUCAGCCGGUAACACCUUUAGAGCAUUGUGAAUGGCUGAACAAGCUACUAUAUGAAAUUUGGUUGAACUAUAUCAACCCAAAGCUCUCAUUAAGGUUUGCAUCUAUUGUUGAGAGACGCUUGAAGCAUAGGAAAUCAAAGCUAAUAGUAAGUCAGGAAAAGAUUGAGUUACAAGAGUUUUCUCUUGGUUCACGUCCACCUUUAUUUGGGCUGCAUGGGACCCGAUGGUCGACUUCAGGGGAUCAGCGGAUCAUGCGCUUGGGAUUUGACUGGGACACUGAUGAAAUAUAUAUCAUGUUGUUUGCCAAGUUGGCUAUGCCGUUAAUGGGGACAGCUCGGAUUGUCGUGAAUAGCAUCCACAUCAAGGGUGAUCUUCUUCUGAUGCCAAUAUUGGAAGGGAAAGCUAUAGCAUACUCGUUUGUAUCGACUCCUGAGGUGAGGCUCGGUGUAGCUUUUGGGAGUGGCGGAAGUCAAUCUCUACCUGCAACAGAACUACCAGGUGUCUCUUCAUGGCUGGUCAAAGUUGCCACGGACACGCUGAAUAAGAGAAUGGUCGAACCCAGACGUCAGUGUAUUGCUUUGCCAACUGCAGACCUGCAAAGGAAAGCUGUAGGUGGUGUGCUAUAUGUCACGAUAAUAUCUGCUAAAAAUAUUUCUGGUUGUACGAGCACUUCUUACUUGGAGGACUAUCCAGAAACCAAAGAGCUUCAGACAUUCGUGGAAAUUGAAGCUGAGGAGCUAACAAGGAGAACAGAUGUAAGAUCCGGAACUUGCCCCAGGUGGGACAACACAUUCAAUUUGGUCCUGCAUGAUAGUGUGGGAAUCAUUAAAUUCCAUCUCUAUAAACGCACUCCCGGAAGUGCAAAAUACGACUUUCUCACCAGCUGUGAGGUUAAGAUGAGAUAUGUCCCAAAUGAUUCAACGAUAUAUUGGGCCAUUGGAGCCGACUCAACAGUGAUUGCAAAGUAUGCCGAGGUUUGUGGAAAAGAAAUUGAGAUGACAAUUCCAUUUGAAGGGACUAAUUUGGGGGAGCUGACAGUGAGGCUUGUGCUUAAGGAAUGGCAGUUUACUGAUGGUUCACAUAGCUUGACUAGCCUUGGCUCGGGCUCUCGUCUUUCACUGAAUGGGCCAUCAAAUUAUUUUUCCAAAACUGGUAGAAAAAUCUGCAUAACUGUUGUAGAGGGAAAAGACCUUGUUGUAAAGGACAAAAUUGGAAAAUCCGACCCUUACGUAAAACUGCAAUAUGGCAAGGCUACCCAAAAAACAAAAUCUGUCCCACAUUCGCCCAAUCCAACUUGGAAUCAAAGGUUUGAAUUUGAUGAAAUAGGAGGCGGAGAGUAUUUGAAGAUAAAAUGCUUUACUGAAGAAACAUUUGGGGAUGAGAGCAUAGGCAGUGCACUGGUGAAUUUGGAAGGACUCGUGGAAGGUUUGAUUAGAGACGUUUAUAUUCCCCUUGAAAAAGUCAAUUCAGGGGAGUUGCGGCUUCAGAUAGAAGCUGUCAAACUUGACGACAAAGAAAAUUCGAUGCUCGUCAUAAUUGAAGCAAGAGAUCUUAUUGCUGCUGAUAUACGAGGCACAAGUGAUCCUUUCGUGAGGGUACACUAUGGGAACCUCAAGAGAAGUACCAAAGUGAUGUACAAAACACUAACUCCAAAAUGGCAUCAGACCUUCGAAUUCCCAGAUGAUGGCAGCCAGCUCACAUUGCACGUGAAAGACCACAAUUCCGUGUUGCCCUCAUCCAGCAUAGGUGACUGUGUGGUCGAGUAUCAAAUGCUACCUCCAAACGAGAUGGCCGAUAAAUGGAUACCUUUGCAAGGAGUUAAACGAGGCGAAAUCCACAUCCAGAUCACAAGAAAACUCCCACAACCGGACAAAAAACCUGGGCUCGAUUCUUCUCAUGACCGGUCAACCUCCUCUGCUGACUUUUCCCGCCAAAUUUCAAACCAGAUUAAGCAGAUGAUGAUGAAUCUUCGCGCCAAUGUGGAUGAUGACGAUCUGGAAGGGGUCUCGAGGGUAUUGAGUGAACUCGAGAGCCUCCAAGAGAGUCGAGAAGAGUACGUGGUUCAACUCGAGACCGAGCAAAUGUUGCUUAUAAACAAAAUAAAUGAGCUUGGGCAGGAAAUAUUCAACUCAACGUCGCCUUUGACGAGAACUGCUACCAUCCCUUGAACAAACUAUAUAGUUGGAUGUUUACAUAAUCCUGAAUGUGAUAUAUGUGUUUUACAUAAAGAAUUAUAGAAUAUGUAUGUCUGAAAGUAUUGAGCUCAUAAUUAAUUAUUGUGUUGAGCUUGUGCUUUGUUUAAUAUUUAAACAAAUCUAAGCUAUUAAUCUCACCACUGAUUGGGUUGUGUGGAAUUAUUUAUUGUGUUCUUUACUACGCACGAAUGGUCAAGGAAGAUGAACUGAUUUAUGUUUGAGGAGACCAAAUUGUUCUCUAUUGAGAAAUUGUCGUCUUAUGGUUGAGGAGAACAAAUUGUGCUCUAUUGAGAAAUUGUUACGUCGUAUUUCGUUCAAGUACUUGAGUUAUUUUUCGC